AUGUCACUUCAAUCAACAAUAAAGUGGGCAUUAAUUGCUUUUGCAAUAAUUUCACACAAGACGAUUCCAUUUGCAUAUGUAAUUAGAUUUUAUUAUCAUGCAAUUAUAGGAUUAUUAUCAUCAAAAUUACAAUUAUCAAAAGAUUCAACAAAAUAUAAUUCAUAUAAUUUUAAUAAACCAUCAGAUUUAUUUAAAACUAUAACUUUAAAUUCAAGAGUUUCACCAUUAGAAAUUGAUAUGUAUUUACAUAAAUCAAAUUCAACUUAUUUUUUAGAUUUAGAUAUAGCAAGAACAAAAUUUUUAAUUAGAUUAUUACAACCUUAUUGGUGGUAUGCUUUUGCAAAUGAACAUAAACAAUUUGGUGGUGCAGUAAAAAAAAGUUAUAGUAUUUCAAAUUUCCCUUAUGUACCAGUAGCAACAGUACAAUGUCAAUUUAAAAAAGAAUUAAAACCAUUUGAAAAAUUUAAAAUUACUUCAAGAAUUUUAGCAUGGGAUAAAAAAUGGUUAUUUGUUUUAUCAAUUUUUACAACUUAUAAUAAACAAACUAAAAAAUUUAAUACAAUAAAUGCAAUUGCUUUAACUAAAUAUGUUUUUAAAAUUGGUAGGUUAACUAUAUCACCAAUUGAUAUAUUAAAACAUUGUAAUUUUAUAAAUGAAGAAAAUUUAUUAAUUAAUGAAAAAAAUUAUAAUUUAGUUCAAUAUCUUGUUGAUACUGAAAAUUUAGAAAAAUUAGCUUCAUUAUGUAUUUAA